AAACCACUUCCGCAUUUCACGGAGGUGGUGUUGUGGGCGUGGCCCGUCUCGACCCUCGCGAGGGGGCUGUAGCUCAGCCCUCUCGCGAGAGCAGCGUUCCCGCCUCCGUCACACCCCGGCCGACCAAUAGGGCCGGCUGGGAGGCGGGCCCUUCUCCCCGUUUAAAUCUGGAGGGAGGCGGGAACACUGCCUCUUUCGUCGCACAGCACCGCAAGCUUCGGAUCAGCCUUUGAGCUCCCGAUUUCUUGCCGUGCUACUUAGCCUGGAUCGUUUGCCUUGUCCUUCUCUCUCUCUUUUUUUUUUCCUUGCAGGUUUUCGUUGCCGCGCUCUCCGUGCUCCCGCGUUGCCUUUUGGCCUCGCGCGGGCGAACGCCUCCGCCGAUCAGCUGUUGGGCGGUGCGUGCGCUCCCCAGACCGCAAGCAGGAAGUCGGCUCGGGAGCCUGGUCCUCUGCUUGGUCCAGCUGUCGCCUCUGCAGGGACGCGCGGGCAUCUAGGGGGGGGAUCGCCUAGCCGGUUCACCAUCGGACGGUCGCAGGAGCAGGAGCACCCCCGGCGGGAGCCGGGUCUUCACCGCUGCGCCUCCUAGCAUUUGCCCGCGUUCCCAGAGCUCUGCUGUGGAGCCGGUCUCGGGCGGAGGCGCCUGGGCUUCCUUUAGCGGGGCCGUACCAGUAUCUGCGACGUCGGCUAGGGCUGAGGCGGCUGCCUCCUCGCGACCUUCCAGCCAGAAGCGCCAGCCUUCGGGGGAGCUACCGAACCAGGUGCUGCCAGCGGGUUCCAUGGCCGAACCCCCCAGCGAGACGGCGGGCGUUGAGACAGGCCAGACCGGAGGUAAAGCAAAGAAGAAGUCGGAGAAGAGGAAGCGCAGCAGGAAGGACGACUCGGAUGAGGGUUCAGGUACGUCGUCCGAUUCGGAUGCGGACAUUCCCAUGGAGGAUUAUUGGGGGGUGGCUGAAGACCAGAUGGGCCUUCCUUUUUGGGUACACAGGAGGCGCUCUAGUUCACAUCGCAAGGGUUUUAACGGCACCCUGGAAUGCCGGGGUGGUGCGCUGGUGCCAGAGGCUAAAUCCUCCACCAAUUCCGAUAUUGACAUAAUUUUGGGGUCCCAUCUGUCUAAUCGGAAGCGCGAGAAGAUUCUGAACGGUGAUUACAUCGAUAUUUUCACGCUGCUGCCCCUGUCCCAAAUGUUAGGGAAGGGGGAGAAAAGGAAGCAAUUCGGAAAGCGUAGGUAUAGAGCCCCGCGUGCAGAACGCACUUUUGAGAAUUGGCAGAACGGUAUACACAUUUGGCUUGCAGUAAUUGCGGCAGCAUACCCCAAGAGGGCAAUGCAUUUGUUGGCCUACAUAGCGGACGUGAGGCUGGCCUACUCGAUGGCGGGGGAGGCGGCGGCUCUUAACUACGAUGAGGAUUUCCGUAGAAACGCCUCUCAGAACUCAAGGACGCGCUGGGAUCAAAGGAAUCAGCACUACUGGAGUAACCACGUGGUGCCCUUCGUCGAAAAGAAGCAGGCGGAGCCGCAAAGGUCAACCAGGUUUGAACCCAGGAAGGACCCGCGUCGCAGGGUUUGCUGGGAGUACAACAAGGGCCUCUGUCAGAGGCCCAAUUGUAAGUACGCACAUGAGUGCGACAAAUGUCUCGCCCAGCAUCCUGCAGUCUCCUGCUACAAAGGGAAGCAGCCCUUUCGUGGAGGUAGAGGGGGGAGCUCAGGCCAGGGCCCCAGGAAUUCCCAAGGUGCCGCUCAGGGACCUACCCCUAGCCAGAGUAGAUACUAAUAAGUCCCUGUCCCUGGCAUUCACCCCCAUAAAACUUUCCUCACUGCGCAUCCUGUUAAACAGCUAUCCUAAUCCCACCGCCUCCUCCUUCAUUUGGGACGGCUUCUCGCAGGGUUUCAAAAUUCCAGUUAAUACCCCACCGUUAACUGGUGACCCACCUAACCAAAAGUCCGUCCGCGAUAGGCCAGAUAUAGCAAUCAAGAAAAUUAAUAAAGAAAUAGCUGCAGGCAGGGUGGCGGGCCCAUUUAUGACACCUCCCAUACCAGACCUCCACAUUUCCCCCCCUAGGCAUGGUACCAAAAAAGACCCCAGGCGAAUACAGGCUUAUACACAACCUAUCUUUCCCACCCGGCAAAUCAGUCAAUGACGGCAUCCCACAGGACCUUUGCACAGUGAAAUACGCAUCCUUCGACCAGGCUGUUAAGCUGGUUAGACAAUUCGGUAAAGGAGCUCUGCUAGCCAAAUGCGAUAUUGAAUCAGCAUUCCGGCUCCUCCCGGUUCACCCUCAUGACUUCAAGUGGUUAGGUUUCAAGUUCGAGGGUGCGUUUUUCAUUGACAAAGCCAUGCCGAUGGGUUGCUCUGUCGCAUGUUCAGCUUUCGAGGCCUUCAGCACAUUCCUGGACUGGGCACUCCGCUUUAAAACAGGCCUGGCAGGUGUUACGCAUUAUCUCGAUGAUUUUCUUUUCGUGGGAAGGGCUAAUAAUGGGGAGUGUGAGAGGCUCAUGAAAGAAUUCGCCUCCCUUACUCGAGAGCUUGGGGUGCCACUUGCAGCUGGAAAAACUGAAGGGCCAGUAGUUCGCCUAACUUACCUGGGUAUAGAACUGGACACCGUGGCCCAAGCAUCACGCUUACCUUUGGAUAAACUGGCCGCUCUUAAGGAAUUAAUCUUACAACUGAUUCCCCUUAAAAAAGUAACGCUUAAACAGAUUCAAUCCUUGCUUGGACAUCUCAAUUUUGCAUGCAGGGUAGUUUCGCCAGGACGCCCCUUCUGCCGCCGCCUGGCUAGACUUACCGUAGGUCUGAAGCGCCCAUACCACAGGGCCCGUUUACCCAAGGGAGUAAAAGCCGACCUAGAGAAUUGGCUAACCUUUUUGGAUCACUUCAACGGUGUAUCCCUUUGGCAGGACAAUCUGAGCCUGCGUUCAGAUUUCCAAGUACAAUCAGAUGCAGCCGGGUCCUUGGGUUUCGGUGUCUACUUCAAGGGCAGGUGGUGCGCUCAGCCUUGGCCCGCCAGCUGGCAUGCCUCGGAGGUCACACGGGAUUUAACCUUCUUGGAGUUUUUCCCAAUUGUGGUGGCGGUGCACUUGUGGGCCGAGGAAUUCAGGAACCGCAGAGUCUGCUUCCGGACUGAUAAUCAAGCGGUGGUCAGCGUGAUGUCCAGACAAUCAUCCCGUUCCACGAGGGUUUCUGCCCUUCUGCGGGCAUUCGUGCUGCGCAGCCUGGAGCUGAACUUGCAUUUCACGGCCAAAUUUGUCCCGGGGGUCAAUAACGAUAUCGCCGAUGCGUUGUCUCGUUUCCAGAUGGACCGCUUCCGCUUGCUGGCACCGGAGGCGCAGCAGUGUCCAGAGCCGUUCCCGGAAUCCCUAUGGAACCUUGGGAGCGAGAAAUCUUGAAGGGAGUAUUCGCAUCGGUUGCCCCCUCGACUCUGAGCUCGUACAAACGCGUUUGGGCAGAAUUUUCUAAAUUCAGAAACAAGGGUCCCUCCCCUUCACCUUUGGGCCCCCCCACAGAGAGGGAGGUCAUGCGCUAUGUGGUUCACCUAAGGGAAUUGGGCCGCGCGACCAAGACUCUUAAUUUACAUACGGCAGCGAUCUCCUUUUUCAGCAAAUCUCUGUACUCCACGGACCCUUGCGAUAACUUCCACCUGCGCAGGGCCAUGGAAGGUUGGCGUAGGCUGCAGCCACCAGCCGCCGACCCCAGGAGGCCCAUUACAUUUGACCUGCUUUGCAAGAUUCACAGUCAAUUGACGUCUCUUUGCUGGUCUCCGUAUGAAGCGAGCUUGUUCUCCGCGGCCUUCUCGCUAGCAUACUUCGGGGCCCUCAGAGUCGGAGAAGUAGUUUGUGAGGACCAUCCAGACGGGUCCUCCAGGGGGAUCCGCAUGCAGGAUGUGGCUUUAUCAAGCUCGGUGGCAGUAGUGCACAUCCGCCGCUCAAAAACGGAUCAACGGGGAUUAGGGGCCACCAUUCGCCUCCCUGCAGCAGGUGGCCUCGGCCCUUGUCCAGUAAGGGACCUCAGGCACUUUUUAUAUCAGAGACCGACCGGCACAGAUCCUCUUUUGGUCCACCAGGACAGCUCUAAGCUCACACGCUCCCAGUUCACACGGGUUUUACGCAAGGCCCUCGCUCUGUGUGGCGUUGACCCGAGCCAGUUCUCUGCCCACUCCUUCCGUAUCGGUGCAGCAACCUCAGCUAUGCACUUGGGCCUUUCAGCUGAAAGGAUCCAAGACAUAGGAAGGUGGAAGUCUAACGCUUAUAGAAGUUAUCUGCGCCCUACCUCGUAAUUGCAAAUCAUACUGAUCCCCAGUCACCCAUCAACUGAUCCCCUGUUUGUCACUGUUCCUUUUCAGGUGUGCGCCGCAUCAAUGUGUGGAUUGCGGGUCACAGCAUUGUGCACUGGGCUAAAGUAAGGGCAAUGGAAACCGGCCUUGGGGGUGAUCUCGGCCUGCCAAAAAAUGUGAAAGUAUCGUGGAUUGCCAGGCGCGGUAUGCGCUGGAAAGAACUUUUGCCUGCUGUCUUGGAAAGGGCUGCUUCAGUCGGGCCCCCCCAUGCGCUGGUCAUACAGCUGGGGGAGAAUGAUUUGGCGUAUCAGAACGCAGUGAAAUUGAAAUGGACUAUCUUUGAGGACUUUGAAAAGCUGCUGGCUUCUUUCCCGGGGAUGUCGUUGCUAUGGUCCGCCUUGUUGCAGAGGCGCGUUUGGCGUGAGGGGCUCUGCCCGAAGGCCUUGAACAGAACCAGGAGGCUUUUGAAUUCAUUUGUAUUGCGCAGGGUCCUAAGUUUGAAUGGUCAGAUAAUUUCCCACCCAGAACUAGUACGCACUGAAGCAGCCCUGUAUCGUAACGACGGAGUUCACCUUUCCCCUCAAGGGAACGACAUCUGGUUAGCUGACAUAAUUAAGGGGAUAGAGCAUUGGUUACGGGUGUGAGGGUAUUGGCGGCGAGCCUUUUGGGCUCGAGUGGCGGUUAGGCAUUGGAAAUCUGCAUAGAACAAGAAUGGGGGGGGCAGAGUACGUCAUCCUCUGCCCAAAUUUGGAGAUUUAAUCCCGUUAAAGGGGUUCCGGGGGCGGUAGCUUUGUCCUGGGCCUACGGAGGUCAGGGCCUGAGAGCACCCCCCAACGGUGGCCACAGAAGGUGGCCCUGUAGAUACAUAUCACUGGGGGCUCCUUGCUGGUGGUUAAUUUCUCCCAGACUGUAACACACGGGUUACAGUCGGAUAUAGUCGGUUAGGGUCCAAUGCCUAAGCCAAUACCGCUCAACAUCCUUAACCAAUAAAGUUGUGGCCUUUUCACCCACUUAACCUUAUUUCACUGUGUCGUGUCCGUUAUUUCCGGGGAGGGAGGGACAUUGCCACACAAAACCACUUCCGCAUUUCACGGAGGUGGUGUUGUGGGCGUGGCCCGUCUCGACCCUCGCGAGGGGGCUGUAGCUCAGCCCUCUCGCGAGAGCAGCGUUCCCGCCUCCGUCACACCCCGGCCGACCAAUAGGGCCGGCUGGGAGGCGGGCCCUUCUCCCCGUUUAAAUCUGGAGGGAGGCGGGAACACUGCCUCUUUCGUCGCACAGCACCGCAAGCUUCGGAUCACCCACCCA